AUGGACGAAACCCGCUUCGAGGAUGACGAUUUCGAGGGUUCAACGGCCAAUAAAAAGUACACAUUCUUCAUAAUUGACGGAAAUCCGGCAAUGUUCGAAACGUCGAAAGCCGGUGAGCCGCCAGAGUUCAAGCUUGCUCUGAAGCUCAUUCUCGACGAAAUAGUCCGUGUUUGCUGCUCGCGGAGCCUUAACAAUCAUAUCGGAGUGAUUGUCACUAGUACUAAAAACUCGGAGACCGAGGGACUCGAAAAUAGCACUCUGCUUGUGCCGAUGGGUGUUCUUGGACAGGAAGAAGUGAAUAAGAUUAAGGAAAUUGCGGAGGAAGAAAACCUCCUCUCGGCAGUGAACAAUUACGGCGGUGAUCAUCACAAAUCCGACUUGUCAAAUGUGCUUAACUACUGUAAACGAGUGUUUGCAAGUUGUUCGAAUACACGUCAUCAAUCGGUCAUUUAUUUGACAAACAAUCGGAAUCCAUUUGAACGUGACGAUUUUUUGGAAUCUUCGCAUUUUAAACGCACCAAAGCCGCGGUCACCAAAAUUAUCGGUGAGGGACAUCGAAAGACGCUCGGUGAAUUUUCGGUUAUUAUGUUGCCAGAGGAUGGAUAUAAGCCACAGGAUAAGGACGAGAAACGGAAGGAGCCAUGGUACGACCUGGACACGGAAGUCUUCAGUACGGAAUGCGACGCGGCCGCCCGUAUUCGUCAAAAAAUCACUGCUCAACGAUCACACGCGACGCUGACGGUUAACGUUGGUCCCGGUGUCACUUUUGACGUUUCUGUAUUUUCAAUGGUAAUGGAAGCGAAACCAUUGGACCACAGUCAAAAAUACACCCGAGACACUGAGGAAAAGAUUGUAAAAACGUCGGGAUACGUGAAGAAAGAGUCGAAAAUGGAAUUGGAAUCGACAGAAAUUGAAACUCAGGAUAGUGUUCUUGAUGAGACUCAGAAGAUGUUGAUUCGAUGUAAAUUUCUGGAAGACUCGAUUCGCAACCGUCGUGAUCUUAAAAAAUCGAUAGAAAUCGGUGGAGAGAAGAUAAUUUUGGAUGGAGAUCAAUAUGAAUAUAUGAAUGAAGUUAAUUCAAAAGGUGUCGAUUUUGUUGGAUUCUGCUCAAUGAGCCGUGUGGACCGAGAGACUUCAGUUGUUUCGUCGAAAAUUAUUCAGCCGAAUGAUCAGACAACACUUGGCAGUACCGCUAUCUAUAGAACAUUUUUAGACCGCUGCUGGGCCAGACAACAAGCGAUCGUGUGCAAAUAUCAGAGCAGAUCCAAACAAAAAAUGCGUCUUAUGGCGUUGGUACCGUUCAAAAAGGAUAUGACACUUAUUGAGAAACGACAUGAAAAUGGUGAAGAUGAUGAUGAUAUGGAGGAUAAGAAACCUGAUUUGCUCCGCCUCGAACAACAACGUGCUCAAGCAGACUCAUCCGAAUGGCUUCACGAGGGAUUUAUGCUCGUCGGUCAACCAUUUCGUGAGGAGCUUCGUGAUGAUUUUAAACGUUUCGAAGAACAACAAAAUGUGCUCACGGAGCCAUCGACUGAAGAGCAAGUCAAUACGAUGAAACAAUUUGUGAAACGGUUGACGAUGUCCUAUAAUCCAAGUUUCUAUGAGAAUCCACGUUUACUUUCUGAACGAUCGGCUCUUUGUUUGGAAGCUACUGGCGAAGAGCUUAUUGAGAGGAGGGAUACAUUGGAGCCCUACUACCAAAUUCCGAAGCGUCUUCAACGUGUUGGUACGGAAAUUGAAAAGAUUGUCGAGACAUUUGCAUUGAACGAUGAAAUUAAAGAAACAAAGCCAAAAGCUUCGGCCGGAAGAAAACGAAAAACUGAUGAUGAUGAGCCGAGUACGAGCAAGAAGGCAACAAUGACUAUUAGGGAUUGUAUUGCUGCUGAUAAGAUUGGAAAAUUCAAAAAAGACGAGCUGCUCAGCAUGGCCGUGGAGCACUGUGAAGCGUCGAAAUCAUUGAAGAGCAAGACGAAAAAUGAUAUAAUUGCAGUGAUUGAAGCGUAUUUGGAUGAGAAUCCGUCUGCCACAUGGAAUAUUUAAGAUGUUAUUUUUUUGUCCGCCUAUAUAUUGUGAACGUCCUGUGAAAAAAUUAUAUAAAUAUGUGAAUUU